UCUUUUUGCCACGAUGGGAACUCCUGAAAUACGUUUCUUUUCUCAUUCUUUUUGUUGGGUCCUUGUCCCCAUGCCAGGAUGUUAGGCCCCAGAAUGGCUGUGGGUGAGGACACUCUGUCCCUCCGGCUGUUCUAGCUCUGAAUUCCGCCCCAAAAGGAUGUUGCCUCUCCCUUUCCUCUUGGUCAACUUCUCUUCCAUCAAUAUAAGGCCAAACUGGAGGCUGGUGGGCAGUCAUGCAUUUUAUGGCAGGCCCUGCAAGUAGCUGGAAUAUGGGCUUCCACCAAGCCCUGGCCCUCUUAAUAAUGCAGGUCAUGAUGAGCUUGGUGUUUGGUGAGUUUGAUCAUAAUGAUCCAGAACCCCCUCAUCCGAUUCAGUUAACCAAGUACUUAAGCUGCUAUCGAUGCCUCCUGGAGACCAAAGAGUUGGGGUGCCUUCUGGGAUCUGACAUCUGCCUCACCCCAAAGGGCAGCAGCUGCAUGACUCUGAUCAUAAAGAACAACAGUGGUUCCAACGUCAUGGUGAGUGACUGCCGCACGAGGGAGCAGAUGAGCGAUUGCUCCUACACCCACACUUCACCAGUACUGGGCUUCUGGGUGUUCUCGAAAUGCUGCUUCCGGGAUUUCUGCAACAACCCUAAGAACAGAGUGUCAUAUAUGCCUUAGAACAUCUGCAGAGACCUCUGGAGUAAAAUCCUGCCAAUUUCCAGCCAUCCUCCUGAUUUCCACCUGGGAGCAGCCAAAACAACACCCAGUGGCCCUCCGGGCACCUCAGUGGCACUUUUGGGCCCGAGCCCAUCUGAUGCUUGGUGGACGCCCCUCAACACCCCAUCCCCCCUCUGCCCCUUCCCCAGAGAUCUCUGGAGUUUUGCUCCGUCUUUCCUCCUGUCUGCUCCUGCCUCAAGGCUGCCCCUUCGCCCUGCUUUGCGUCUCCUUUUCCCACUGCAGGCCUCUCUCGCCCCACAUCCCUGGAUGUUCCUCCAAAAUAAACGGAUGUACACACUACUUGGUCUCUCUCUCUCUCUCCUCUGGGGGACGGAGGCUGGGGGAGGUGGUACUGCCUGACUGCCCCAUCAUGGGGGCAG